AUGCUACCGGGAUUUGGCACGCAAACAGUCAGUCCAUUCCCAAACCCUCCGGAAUAUGCGACUGCUUAUACCAGCGAUCGAAUCGAUAAUGGCUCCGCUCCACCGCCGCCACAUGCACUCACCGAGUUCAAAGUUUUUGGAGAAGAAUAUCGAUUAGGAGAUGACGUUAUCGCGCCUCUGAAAGAUGCUAAUGUGGAAGAGCUCUACAAAAACAAAAAUAAUUGGAAGGAAGAAAUGAAGAAACUAAAUAGAUCAGCAAUAUGCGCAUUCUUCGACCUUGUUGAAAUUUUGAUCCGAGCUCCAGAUCAUCCGCUCCGCGAAGAGAAAAUGAUUGAUUUGCACACAAUAUUCAUAAACAUGCACCAUUUGAUUAAUGAGUUCAGACCUGUUCAGGCUAGAGAUAGUGUCCGGAUCUUACAAGAACGACAAAUUGAGGAACUGGGCGAAAUUUGCGAUAAUUUCAGAUCAUAUCUGGCAGAUGGAAAAGAAGUGAUUGAAGAUCAAUUCAAGCUGGUGACUGGAAAACUACCUCCACCUCCACAGCCAUCAGAACUCAGUAAAGUGAGACUGCAAGAUGGAGUACUCCAUGAAUUGAUUGAAAGGAUUAAAAUUUCUGAAGAAGAAGAAGACGUCGAAAUGAAAGAAGAAGAAUCAGAAGAGACAAAACGACGAAAAGUCUUGGAAGAUUUGACGAGAGAAGAUGGACCACCUAGUGUUGUGCAUCUUUUGACUCGGCAACUUCAUGAGUUUGAGUUGAAAAAGUGA